AUGCCCAUACCCCAACAAUCACCGCUCCCAGAACUGACCAGCAAUUUCGCACUGGCCGUGUACACACACAAGUCCCUCCGCCAGCCCAGCUCCGCCGAGGAGGAUAAUGAGAGAUUGGCGAUGGUCGGGCGACCGGCGCUUCAGUUUGCAGUCGCGAAUGCGUUGUUCUCGAAGGAGCCAGAGCUGGACCCUGGUGAGAUGCAGCGCCAACUCGACCACAUCACCUCCGUACAGACUAUCACGACAUGGGUGGACGCCUACAACAUGCGACGAAACUUCGUCCCUGCUGCAAAACUCGAGGAUCCUAAUCAACUCCUCCUCCUCUUCCACUCGUUCGUUGGCGCCGUCCUCGUCACCUCCGGAAUCAUAGCCGUCCAAACCUGGAUCGGAAAAAUUGUGGACCCCAACUACGGGAUGUCGCACUUCUCCCUCCCGCCCAUGCCACCUGCUCCUCCUCCCGGCUCGCCUGGCAUGAACGGCCCUCCACCCGGACUCGGAGGGAUGCCCGGCAUGGGGAUGGGAAUGGGGAUGGGAGGAGCAGACCCGACGAUUUCAAAGAGUCUGGACCAGCUGAGUGUCGCGAAUAGCUAUAUAUCGCGCCUGAAUGAGAUGGGGCAGAAGACGCAGAGGAAGGUGGAGUGGAACGCGGGGAGCUCGGGACCGGCGCAUUCAUUGAGCUGGGAGGUGGAUUGUAUCGUGGAUUCGACGGUCAGAGGCAAAGGGAAGGGGUCGACGAAGCAGGAAGCGAAAGAGAACGCGGCGAAGAAUACGUAUUUCGCCUUGACAGGCCGUGAGCACCUCCUUGCCUCCGUGCCUGCCUUGCCUGCUCCGUUUCCCCACUAA